ACUAUACCCGGUAUUUCAAAAUGGUUUGAGUGGUCCUGGCCUGUAACAGAUGAAUUUGCAGGAUAUAUUCAUGCUCGUUCUCUUCCUCAUAUAGGUGUAUGGACUGAAUUCCAGCCUGAACAGAUCGCUACUUUUUAUAACAGACCAACUCCUAUAUUUUUUGAGCCACCUAAACCCAAAACUGCAUGGUCAAUGCUAGCUCCUAGAAAAACAGACACGGAUAGCAAUAAAACAGACAACAAAUCAG